CCCAGCAUGCAAUAAGCCGCUUCAAUACUGUGCAAUGGCGGGUAUUUCCACAAUAUCGGUACUAUAAAUAUUAUUUACAAACAUUGUAAAGCUAGCUCUAUUUUACUUAAAUGAGAUUUGAACUUGUACAUUUACGCGGAUAUUCUCAGGUUCAGUAAUGGAAAAUCUGAAUGUAGCCGAACAAUGUAAUAACGGGUCAAAGGUAAAAGUUGCUGUCAUGCUGUCGCACUGCAAGCCAUCUAUAAUUUGAAACUUUGUGUGAAGUAUCUACUGAAAAACGUGAUCAAAUGUGAAUAUUUUUCUUCUUUUUUGGAAUCAGUGUUGGUCUAUCGCGCUUGUCGGACAUUUGGAGAGAAACUGACUCACUGGUUAAUUUGAACAUCAACCUGUAAUUCAUAAGGUUUUGCUUUUGUCAGUUUCUUCACGCCUGCGAACUUGAACGUGACAAGAGAUGGCGAGCCCAUCCGUUCAAACAAUCACAGUAUUGCUCUUCUUAUCGGUUAGCAUUUGCCCCCAAGGAACGAGUGCCUCAUCUAAGCUAAAUAUCCCUAAAGUUUUAUUACCACUUGCGAGAAGCACCCGAAUCAACUUUACACUGGAAGCAACUGAAGGAUGUUACCGAUGGUCGUCGAACAGGCCUGAGGUUGCCAGCAUCGAAGCACUAGAUGCUGAUGAACGCCAGUGUUCCCAGAAGGCUGUUCUGCAGGCACGCUCCACCCAACACUCCAGACUGACCAGUAUUAUUUUAGCUGAGGACAUCUUGACCGGACAGGUCUUGCGCUGCGACGCUAUAGUGGACGUCAUCAACGAGAUCCAGAUCGUGUCCACCACACGGGAACUGCACCUGGAGGACUCGCCCCUGGCGCUGAAGAUCCACGCCAUCGACUCGGAGGGAAACACUUUCAGCACCCUCGCUGGCCUGGUGUUUGACUGGACCAUUGUGAAAGAUGCGGAGUCGGCCACCUUUUCUGAUGUCCACUCCUCGUUACGAGUUCUCAAAUUCUCGGAGUCCACAUAUACCCCCCCGAGCUACAUCUCCGAGAUGGAGAGGGUGGGGAGACAGGGGGACAUCAUCCUGGUGUCGGGCAUUAAAACUGGACACGCCAAGCUGAAAGCUAAGAUCCAAGAGUCCCUCUACAAGGACGUAGAGGCAGCAGAGGUGAGACUCUUGAUCCUGGAGAACAUCCUUCUGAGCCCCGCCUCGGACAUCUACCUCCUCACCGGAACAUCAAUCAGAUACAAAGUCCAGAAGAUUAGGCAAGGGAAGAUCACAGAGUUGUCCAUGCCCUGUGACCAGUAUGAGCUGCACCUCCAGAACAGUGUUCUGGGGCCAGACGGAACCCCGGACCUCCCUGUGGCCAAUCUGGACCAGAGCACAUCUAUGGUCCACGCGGUUCAGCUGGGCCACACCAACAUCGUGCUCGACCACAAGAGCCUUGGUAUGCAGGGGGCUUCUCGGCUUCCCAACAGCACCCUGUUCGUGGUGGAGCCAGGAUACUUGGGCUUCAAGAUCAGCCCAGGCAAUGUUUGGGUGCUGGAGACGGGGAGAGUCUAUGAGAUCUCCAUUGAAGUUUAUGACAAGUCCAGUAACAAAGUUUAUCUGUCUGAUAAUGUCCGGAUAGACACAGUUUUCCCUGAGGGGUAUUUUGAGCUUCUGGAAUCUUCUCUGAAUGGAUCGUACCAUCGGUUGAAAGCUGUGAAAAAUGGGCAAGCCGUUAUUGAUGGUAUCCUCAAAUCUGUGGUUGAUCAGGAGGGAGUGAUCCACCUACUUCCUAAACCAGUGCGCAGUGAGCAGGAUGUGGAGAUCUACGACCCUAUAGUCCUCACGCCAGGCAUUCUGACGUUUCCAUGGCAACCCAAAGAGGGCGCAUACCAGUACACCAUAAAGGCCACGGGAGGAAGUGGAAAUUUCACUUGGACGUCCUCAAACUCUGCCGUUGCCGCGGUGACUGUGAAAGGAGUGAUGACCACUAUAAGCGACAUAGGCGUGAGCGUGAUCCACGCCCGUGACGUGCGGAACCCUCUGCACUUUGGAGACAUGAAGGUGUACGUGGUUGAGCCGGUGGGCAUGGAGUUCAGCCCGUGUGCGGUGGAGGCUCGUGUGGGUGCGGCGCUGGAGCUGCCCCUCCGGAUCCUGGGGCUGCUGGACGUGGAGGGCGAGGAGCGGGUCAUGCUCAGCGACUGCUCCCACUUUGAGCUGCAGGUGCAGACGGAGAACCAGGGCGUCUUCCAGAUGCUGGAGGGGAGACUGACCCUAGGUAAGGACCACUGCAGCGGUGUCCGAGCCCAGGCCUUGGCUCCUGGCUACACCAGUGUGGUGGUCAGCUACACCCACGGCAACGUGCACCUGAACGCCAAGAUCACCAUCGCAGCUUACCCUCCUCUCAAAGCGGUGGACCCAGCCUCGGUGGCCCUGGUGACGCUGGGCUCCUCGAAGGACAUGCUGUUUGAGGGCGGCCCCCGGCCCUGGGUGCUGGAGCCCUCUCGCUUCUUCAGGAACCUGACGGCCGAGGACCCCUCCAGUGCCACCCUGGCGCUGUGUGGCCCGACCCCCCGCAGCUACGCCCAGCACUGGGUCCGCGCCACCUGCCGCGCCCUCGGAGAACAGGUGUUGGAGGUGAGCGUGGGGAACCAGCGCAGCCUGACCAACCCCUUCCCUGCGGUGGAGCUGGCCGUGGUGAAGUUCAUCUGCGCCCCGCCCUCCCGCCUCACGCUCGUGCCCGUCUACACCAACCCCCAGCUGGACCUGUCCUGCCCGCUCCUGCAGCAGAACAAACAAGUGGUGCCUGUUUCUAAUUACCGCAGUCCCGUGCUGGACUUGGCCGCCUUCGAUCACCAAGGCAGGAAGUUUGACAACUUCAGCUCUCUGGGCAUCGCCUGGGAGUCGUCCAAAGCGCCCCUUGCCAGCAUCGAGGCCUCCAUGCCCAUGGAGCUCCUGCUGUUUGAGGACGCCAGCAAACAGAAUAAGAUGCAUGGGCGGCAGUCGGUCCUAGUCCACCAUGAGUCAGGCGUGGCCUCCAUCUCUACCACUGCUGUUGGCUAUCAGUCAUCUCAUCUCGAUGCUGCCGAGGUCCUUCCUGGGUUCGCUCCCCUGGCUGCCCUGUCUGCCACUCUGGACCUGCUGCUGGUGGAGGACGUGAGGGUCAGCCCUGACGCUGUCACCAUCUAUAACCACCCUGACGUGCGGGCUGACCUCACCCUCCGAGAGGGCUCCGGGUACUUCUUCGUCAACACCAGUGUUGGAGGCCUGGCGGAUGUACUAUACCAAGACGCCCAAGGAACCGCAGAGGUGGUGCCCAAGCAACCAGGGGUUUUGCAGGUCAUGGUUCACGACCUCUGCCUGGCGUUCCCAGCCCCUGCCACAGCAGCCGUCCGCAUCUCCGACAUCCUGGAGGUUUAUGUGCGAAUUGUUGACAAGGUAGAGAUUGGGAAGUCUGUGAGGGCUUAUGUCAGAGUGCUGGACGACAACAAGAAACCCUUUUUGGCCAAAUAUUUCCCCUUCAUGAGCCUGAAACUGAAGACGGCCUCAUCCAUCAUAAGCCUGCAAGCGGAGUCCUCUGAAAGGGACACGGCCAUCUUCCUGGUCAAAGGCCUGGCUAUCGGACAGACCAGCGUGUCUGCGGUGGUGUUGGAUAAAACUGGGAAGAAGAUGGCCUCCGCUCCCCAGCCUGUUGAGGUGUUCCCGCCGUUCCGGCUCAUUCCGCGGAAAAUGACUCUGAUCAUCGGAGCGAUGAUGCAGAUAACAUCAGAAGGAGGCCCCCAGCCUCAGUCCAACAUCCUCUUCUCCCUGGCCAAUCAGGACAUCGCCUCUGUCAACAGCAUCGGUCAUGUCAAGGGCAUCGCCCUUGGCAACGUCACCGUGACGGGCCUGGUCCAAGCCGUGGACGCCGAGACGGGCAAGCUUGUUAUCGUUUCACAGGACCAGGUGGAGGUGGAGGUGGUGCUGCUCUCGGGCAUCCGUAUCCGAGCCCCCAUCACCAGGAUGAAGACGGGAACGCUGAUGCCGGUCUAUGUGAUGGGCCUGACGGGCAGCCAGACGCCCUUCUCUCUGGGGAACGCCGUGCCUGGACUCACCUUCCACUGGUCCGUGACCAAGAGGGACAUCCUGGAAGUGCAAACACGACAUUUGGAGGCUUCCGUGCAGCUGGGUGCCGAGCACAACUUUGCCAUGAGCGUUCUGGGUCUGAGCAAGGGAAGGACCGGGCUGAAGGUGGUGGUCCGGGCCACAAGCCCCAAGGCGGGCCAGUUGGUGGACUAUGCCAAGGAGCUCUCGGAUGAGCUGCAGAUCCAGGUGUAUGAGAAGCUGCAGCUGGUCAACCCCGCGGUGCAGGUGGAGGAGAUUCUGAUGACUCCAAACUCCAACAUGAAGCUCCAAACCAACAGGGAUGGCGUUGGUGCCCUCUCCUACCAAGUGCUGGACUGUCCAGACAAAGCGGCGCUGGUCCAGGUGGAUGACAAGGGCCAUUUAUCAUCCGGAUCGCUGACAGGCACCGCCUCGCUCCAGGUUAACUCCCAGGAGAGCUUCGGUGUCAACCAGACGCUCAUCCUGGCCGUGAAGGUGGUGCCGGUGUCUUACCUGCGCCUCAGCACAGGUCCGGUUCUCCACACCACAAACCGCGAGAGCCUGUCUGCCAUCCCCCUGGGCACGGUGCUGUCCUUCCAGGUGCACUUCCACGACAGCGCCGGAGACCUCCUCCACAGCCACAACUCCCAGCUCACCUUCGCCACCAACAGAGACGACCUGGUGCAGGUGGGCAAGGGCCCCAGUAACAGCACGCUGACAGUGCGCACGCUGAACGUGGGGCUGACGCUGCUGGGCGUGUGGGACACGGAGCAGCCGGCGCUGGCAGACUACCUGGCACUGCCCGUGCAUAUCAUGAAGGUCCUACCAUAG